AAACACAAGAACAUUAACAAAGUGAAUUUUCUUUAUACAUGAAUGAAAUAUCUACAAGAAUUUCUUCCAAUCUUCAUUUAUUAUGCAUUCUUUUAGUAAAUGAAUGGAUUUGAUCAAACCUGAUGAGCUUGAGGACUUGCAUCAAAGGGGUUGCAUUGAAUAUCAGGAAAAGAUUUUGAUGGCAAACCUAGGCAUACUGGAUGGUUUCACAAGCUCGUGUAAGGUAGUUUCUGCAAAGCUGGAUCACCAGUCCUAUUGCUUUGGAGAAGACUUUGUUCACAAGGUUGUUUUGUCCCUGGAACUAAGUCUAGUUCUGUUGCUGGCGCUGGUGCUGGAGCUACUCUGUAUGGUGGAUUUGAGCAUACUGUUGCAUUUGUUAAUUGUGCCCCUGGAUUUCCUAUCAAUUUCCUAUCCUUCAGCCUGUUACCCUUCUCCCCUGCAAAGCAAAAUACAAAUGAAAUUAGCAAACUUAUGGAUAAAACAGAGAGGGUGAAAGAGAAACUCCAAUCCUUCACAAGUACCAACACAUCAAACUGCAAUGAUCAAGAAGUCAAAGAUUUUCUGGCUGUUACCACUCAAUUCCAGUUCAGGUUUGAUGGAUUCUGACCAGAGAACAAGAGUAGGGGUGAUGAUCGUCAGAGCAGCCCAGAAAAAGAAUAUCAAGACAUAUGUUCUCCCAGUCAUCAUUUUUGGGAGUACUAAUGGAGUUUAAUCACCUGUCUGACAGCCUUAAUACAAGUUUGGAGGAUAAAAUAGUUCAAGAUGU